AUGAAAUACUUAUUACCGAUCCUAAGACAGCGACAGCUUAUAAUAAUAUAUAUAAAAAAGCUUAACAGAAUUUUUGUAAUAAAAAUGCCUGGAAAAGAAGGAGGAAAGUUGAAGCCGUUAAAAAUGCCAAAGAAACCAAAACAAGAGCUAGACGAAGAUGAUCUUAAUUUUAAAAAGAAACAAAAUGAAAACUUGAAGAAAGAACAAGAAGCCCGAAAAUUACUUUUGUCGAAAAAAAAAUAA